AUGGCUUCUUUCUAUUUGAAUCUGUAUUCGGAUUACUGGGGCACUAACCAGUUGUCUCAGUUGCCUUAUUCUUGGUAUCCUCCUCCACCUGAAUGGAUUAAGCUUAAUGUUGAUGCUUCUUUACUAAGCUCAUAUAAUGCUGAUAUAGGAGCAUUGGAAGGAAAAUGUGUUCAUCAUCUUAUGAAGAAUGGCCAAUGGGAUUAUUCUCUUAUAGAGAAGUGGUUCCAUCCUGAACUCUUGAAUGCUAUCAGCAAAAUACAUGUUCAUCCCGACUGUGCUGACAAGGUGGAGCUGCAAAAAAUCUGUCACGGUAAAACAAUCUCGGGUUUUGCUUUUGAACAAGUAUUAAAUAGAAGAUUUAAUUUCAUGGAAGAAGGUUAUUACAAGUGGCUCAACAAACUGAAACUUAGCAAAAAGGUGGAAACAUUUUGGUGGAGACUUAGCAAUGCUUCUAUUCCAACCAAUUUAUAUCUUAAGAACCGAAAGCUUUUUGAUGAUGAUACUUGUGCGAGAGGAUGUGAUAUGGUGGAAGAUUAUGAGCAUAUUAGUGUCAAUUGCAAACACUUGGUGGACAUCAUCAAUCAACUCAAUUCUUGGGGUAUUCCUAUUCCUACUUUUAACUCCUUGGAUCAUUGUUUAAUUGAACUUAAACAAAUUUCUGGUAAAAAUCUAGGAGUGGUACAGAUUUAUUGUACCGUUGUUUACUUCUCUUGGAAGAAUAGGAACGAGAUAAAGCAUGGAAAAUCUGCUCUUCCUUAUUAUGUUGUAGCUGCUAAUGCUUUAUUUGUAGCCAUCACUAAAGCUACGUCUUAUCUUUCUUACUGGAGCACUAAUCUCCUUAGGGAGUCUUCUAUUUCUUGGUGCCCCCCACCGAAAGAUUGGAUGAAAAUCAAUGUUGAUGCUUCAUUAACUCCUUCGGGACUAGCUGGUAUUGGUGGAAUCUUCCGAGAUUGCUUUGGGAGAUUCAUUCUUGCAUUUGGGAGAACAUUGAUACAUUGGGAUAUUGCUCAUUUGGAGUUGGAUGCUAUACUCUCGGUCAAAGAUUAUGUCAAAAGCUGGAUGAAAGAUUACAAAGGAGUCAUUAUUGAAAGUGACAAUUUGAAUGUUAUCAAAUACAUUCAAAAUUCUUUGAAGCAAGACAUACCCUCAAGCUAG